AGUCUUGUACAGGUGUACCAGCUCCUCCCCUUCAGUCUUGCACAGGUGUACCGGCUCCUCCCCUUCAGUCUUGCACAGGUGUACCGGCUCCUCCCCUUCAGUCUUGCACAGGUGUACUGGCUCCUCCCUUCAGUCUUGCACAGGUGUACUGGCUCCUCCCCUUCAGUCUUGCACAGGUGUACUGGCUCCUCCCCUUCAGUCUUGCACAGGUGUACCGGCUCCUCCCCUUUAGUCUUUCACAGGUGUACCAGCUCCUCCCCUUCAGUCUUGCACAGGUGUACUGGCUCCUCCCCUUCAGUCUUGCACAGGUGUACUGGCUCCUCCCCUUCAGUCUUGCACAGGUGUACCGGCUCCUCCCCUUCAGUCUUGCACAGGUGUACCAGCUCCUCCCCUUCAGUGUACCGGCUCCUCCUCUUUAGUCCUGCACAUGUG